GACUUUCGUUUCCUGUCGACGUGUGUCUCCGUUUUCCCUUCAUACUUCCUGGAUACGUACCCAGGAAACUGCGAGACAGACGAACGUAACGUUCGGAAAACGGAUUUUAUAACUCGAAGUUCGUUGUUUUGUAAAAUUAAACUAUCGGGAAAAUGUCUCUCAUGUAGUGCGUAAACGUAGGAGGCCUGGCAUUUGGUGCUUUGUAAUGUCGCUGUCUCGGGAAGUCUCGCUAUUGGUGUUGGACGGGAAAGGAUUCUGCCGAGUUUGACAUGCAGAGGAGCUUCGGCGGUACCCAGCUGUGCCUGUGUCGUGCUUCAUAAAACAGAGAAAAACACAGCUAUCGAAUCUCCAGCUGAAAACAUAGUUUGAUACAGCACCCCCAAAGGGAACCCCCCCCCGAACUGCCGCGGAAAUGACGGGCUCAAACUGGGGUCUGAUUAUGAACGUGGUGAACAGCAUCGUCGGCGUGAGCGUGCUAACGAUGCCGUUCUGCUUCAAGCAGUGCGGGAUCGUGCUGGGCACGCUGCUGCUCUUCUUCUGCUCCUGGAUGACGCACCAGUCCUGUAUGUUCCUGGUCCAUUCAGCCAGCAGCACCAAGCGUAGGACCUACGCCGGCCUGGCUUUUCAUGCGUAUGGGAAGGCAGGAAAAAUGCUGGUGGAGACCAGCAUGAUCGGCCUGAUGCUGGGUACCUGCAUCGCUUUCUACGUUGUCAUCGCUGACCUGGGCUCCAAUUUCUUUGCACAGCUGUUAGGGCUUCAGGUGACGGGAAGCUUCCGCGUGGUGCUCCUCGUCGUCGUCUCCGUCUUCAUCGUGUUGCCGCUCAGCCUGCAGAGGAACAUGAUGUCUUCCAUCCAGUCCUUCUCCGCCAUGGCGCUCAUGUUCUAUGCGCUCUUCAUGUUCGUGAUGGUGCUCUCCUCUUUCAAACAUGGUCUCAUCAGCGGGCAGUGGGUGAAGCUGGUCACUUACAUGCACUGGGACGGCGUCUUUCGCUGCAUCCCAAUCUGUGGCAUGGCAUUCGCCUGUCAGUCGCAGGUCCUGCCCACGUACGACAGCCUGGACGAGCCCUCGGUCAAGCGGAUGAGCACCAUCUUCACCUACUCCCUCAAUGUGGUCACCACCUUCUACGUCACAGUUGGCUUCUUCGGCUAUGUGAGCUUCACCGACAUCAUCGCCGGCAACGUGCUCAUGAACUUCCCCUCCAACCUGGUGACGGAGAUGAUCCGCGUGGGCUUCAUGAUGUCGGUGGCCGUGGGCUUUCCCAUGAUGAUCCUGCCCUGCCGGCAGGCCAUCAACACCAUGCUCUUUGAGCAGCAGCAAAAGGAUGGCACUUUCGCUGCCGGGGGCUACAUACCACCCCUGCGUUUCAAAAUGAUCACCCUCUCCAUUGUGUUCGGCACCAUGCUGGGUGGCAUUCUCAUUCCCAAUGUGGAGACCAUUCUGGGCCUGACCGGAGCCACCAUGGGCAGCCUCAUCUGCUUUAUCUGCCCUGCCCUCAUCUUCAAGAAGAUCCAGAAGAACACCAUCAGUGCCCUGCUGGUGCUCUGGGUCGGCCUGGGCAUCCUCCUCAUCAGCACCUUCACUACGGUCUCUGUGUCGAUGCAGCAGAGUCACAGUGUGCGGCCGCCUCCAGCCCCCAUGCCUGGGGGCGAUGCCAAGCCUGACCCGGGCCAGGCUGAGCUGCCCCAGCUGCAGACAGUCAAGAAUGUGGUUCUGGACAAGCCAAUGGAGAAACAGGAGCAGGUGAACCCCGCACGGCCUGCGGGGGGGGGCGAGCCCCCAGAACCUCCCCAGAUCAAAGUUCCCAUGGAGAUUCCGGAAAGAAAGAAGGGGCAGGAGGUGCAGCUGGACCGGCCAGACGCAGGCAUAGCCAUGCCAGAUGGAGAAGCACAUCGCCAUGAGCCCCCAAUUCCUCACGACAAGGUGAUGGUGGAUGAGAAGAAAAAUAAGGACGAGCUGGAGGAGGAGGUCAAGCGGCCAGCAGAGGCAGCAGAUGGAGGGGAGGACUCUGAGCAGGGGGCGGGGCUGGCACAGGGGGCGGAGCUGGUGAAAGGGGCGGAGCAUGCCCAGGAGGAGGCGCUAGAGGAGAAACUGGCGGAGGUCCCAAAGCCAGAUGACAGGGCCAACGCUGCUCUGGCUCCGGAGAAACAGGAGCAUGACGCGCCACCCUUCAAGGACUUGGACAGAGUGCCUGAGGGGAACAGGGUGCCUGUUGGGAAGGAUGGCGCCCAGGACAGGAGGAGAGGAGUAGAGGACAGGGCCCCGGCAGUGUCUUCUGAGAAACGGGACCAUCACGCUCCCCCUCCCGCAGAAGAAGACCCCCGUGUCCCAGUUGUGGAGCCCAAAGACAAGGAGGAAGGGAAGGAGGCUGCUGCGGAGGCGAGUAAACGGCGGGGUACAAAGGGUCAGCUGGACCACGCCGAGAUCCUGCAGGUGAUCAAGGAGCAGCAACAGAAGCUACUGGACCAGCAGGAGAAGUUGCUGGCUGCCAUCGAGGAGCAGCAGAAGGAUAAGCAGCAGCAGGGGGGGGUGGGCGGAGGGGGGGGGGGAGCAGCAACAGCAGCAGCAGCAGCAGCAAAGGGGAGCAGAAGGACAGCCAGGCCCAGAGGCAGAGCAGAACCAGAAGGAGAAGCUGCAGCCUGUGGAUGGAGGAGCCAAGGUCAAAGAGAUUGGCCCAGAUACUCAGGAGCAUGUGGAGGAGGUCAUUGCUCAGCCAGCCAAUAAGUGGUGAAGGAAGGGGUGGCUGGACCUCUGGGGGGCGCCAUGCACCCCGAUCCCCAAGUGCCCAGUUCCAGGCCAGUGAAGGAUUCACCUCCCCUCAAAGUGGGAGGGAACCCUGCCGAGCAGGAGGUAAUUGUAGACAGGGUUGUGGAACAACCACAUGUGGAGUUAAAGGCCAGGGGGGUACUGCUGGUACAGAGGCCCCCCGUAGGAGAAGCCCAGGCCGACGCCCAACCUAAAAUCAAACAGGGGGCUGCAGUUGGCGGGGCCGGGGUGAAACCGGGGGCUGUGGGUCAUCCAGAGGUGGAGAGGAUUAACAGGGACCUGGAGAAGCAGGAGAAGGUAGACAAGGAGCCGGAGAGGGGCCAAAAGGAUGUGGUGGGGGGAGGACAGGGCCUGGGGCUGGAGAUCCAUGGGGGGGCUGCCCCACAGCGGCCUAUCGUGGAGGCCCCAGAUGGUGCUGUCAAGAAUGCGGGCGGAGCACAGGAAGGGGAGGAGCAGCCAGUCAAAAAGGCUGGAAGAGACCUGAAGCAAAGCAUCCAAUUGCAGGAAGAGGUGGAGAGGAGGGGGACGCCCAUCGAGCAGGGGGCCACUGUGGGUAAGGAGGCCCAGGAGGGUGAUAAUCAUCACCUGGAGGAGCUGGACCUGAAGAGGAGGCGACGCGAGGUUGGGCCCGGGGGCGUCCCGGGGCUUGAGCCCCUGCUGGAACUGGGUGGAUCUGAUCUUCACGCUGCUCUGGAGGGACAGCUCCUGGGGGGGGCACUGGUCCACACCCGGCAAAUCAAAGAGGCCACACACACUGAAAAGGAGAGAUAACACCUCCUCCUGCUCCUCUACCACCUCCUCCCACACACAGAUGUUUUUAGUAUUCAUUCCCUUAGGAGAGAGCGUCCUCUGCCCACUCCCUCCAGGUCGGCUGGGAUGUGGGUGGCAGCUCGCAGGAGAUCAGCAGCUCUGCUCCAUGGUCUUUGGAGCCUGACACCUGGUAUCUCCUGCCUGGUCUUCGUCCAGUCAGCCUCGAGCGCACAGACGUCACACGCCACCAGCCACUUCUACUCUUCCGUGACUUUGCCUUAAGCGGUGGCACUUACCCGUAAAUCCGCCUGCCCCAUGAGGCUGGUUCGCCACCGACAUCAUUCACGUGACGUCACCUGACACAGUAUGACUGCAUCCUGUGUUUCUGAGCCCUGGGUUACCUCCCUGCCCCCCCCCCCACCUGGAUAUCUCCUAUUUAUCCAAAGACCUUCAGUCACUGAUAUUUUUAUAAUGCAUCUUGCUUUAUAGUCGAUCUGUGUAUUUUUCACCCGGGAGCGAUUUAGGACCAAAAGCUUUAUGAAACUCUUUUGUACACGGUGUAGAUUGCUUUCAAAGAGGGGAGCGGCUUCGAUUUGUUUUAUUAUGUCAGACAUCAGUCUGCGUGAGUUAGGUCAGUUUAAGAACUUAAAUAUUCUCAUUAGUGCUGCGGUGCCUCGUUUAGUCUGACUCUUCCUAUUUAAACGUGUUGCGCCUCUCAUUUUUCAAAGGAUCACAGUCCUUUUGAGGUCAUUGUUGAAUUUUACAUGCACUCCCCUGCAGAGUCAUUGUUUCCAGUACAAUGUUGAAUAUUCCAGUGUAAAUACAGGACCAGCUGAGUACUUGGAUUUACACCUAAACUGUAGUACAGUUGGGUGCAUCUCCAGAAAGGGGGGGGGGUUUCUAUGGACAUGGUGUUUCCCUUCAAGCCGUGGAAUCCAGCACCUCCCCUAUCCCAGCAUUCCACAUUCUCUUCUUCUGAAUGUUUCUUCCACCUUGUGCCUUAAUAUAAAUGUACAUGUAUUCGCUGUGUUUCAGGGACUUGUGUAACAUGGAGUGUGUCCCACGCCUGUUGUUGUUCCGGUGUUUGGGGGCUUUCUGCCUUUAAGUGCCUGUGUCAUGUAAACAUUUCUGUUCUUGUUUGUUAUGUGUAUGUACACAUUAGAAUAUGCCAGACAUUCCAAGAGAUCCGAACGGAUUCUCCUUCAUUUCAAAAGGUCAUAAUUAACGUUGCCCCCCAAGAACUGCUGUUGAGGGACAAACUGUAAGUAUAUAUAGUCGUUAGUGUCUUUGUCAGCAUCUGUGACAGUUUCGCUGAACGUUGGCAUCCUCCGACCAUAAGGUUGUUUCAUAGAAAACCAAAUGAUCCGCAGAAAGUUACCAAAAAAAGGAUGUUUGUAAAUGGAGAAAGUCCUGUGAUUAUGUGAUAAACUGUAUUCGAGUCAUACAGCAUUGAAAAAAUUUAAAUCAAAGAUCUCAAUAAAUAAUGUUCUUUAAACAUG